UUGACAACGGCAGCGAGAUGAAGACGGUGAGGGCUUGAAAAAGAAAAGAGGUCUGUAACAGGCUGUAGGCCCAUCCGCCGACACAAAGGCACACCGCUUCGCCAUGUUGGGAGAGGAUAGCGCCCUUGUCCCUGUUCGACCGAGGCCGGGGAAAACGUAAAGGCGUCGGUGAGUGUUUCUAAAAACGGAGUCGAGGCUACGCAGAGGAGCGGAGCGGCGCGGCGCGGAGCUCAGGGCGGGCGGGAGGACAGCGGCUUCACCGGUCAGCCAUGGAGGAUGCGGCCCGUGGUCGUCUAAUUUCCCAUCCGGUUCGUUUUAAUGGGAAUAACCGCUGAAAAGGCAAAGGCAAGCCGGGACAACCCACCACCUGACAUCCGAGGGGAAGAAAACGCGACCCCACGUCAAUGACUGUUGCGGCAGAGGAGCCCCCACGGUGGAGUCGGCCGGUUCCCAAAAUAUGACCAGGGGUGCUGGGACGUGUUGGCAGCAAGAAGAUGACGACGGCUUCCAAAUCUGGCUAGAGCCCCCCCGCGACAACCAAAAGCCAUUCACCGACUCAGAGAGGGCGCAGAGAUGGCGACUGUCCUUGGCAUCCCUCUUGUUCCUAACCAUCCUCCUCUCUGAUCACCUGUGGUUCUGCGCCGAGGCCAACCUGGCCCGGAUCCCGGUCAAGCUCGCAUCCUCCCACCCCCUGUCACCCCAGACCCACUCAGCACACAGCAGCCUCAGAGGAAACACAGAUGAUAUUUUUAUAGGAAACUCUACUUUGUGUCCGCUCGAAACUUACCACCACCAGGAUAGUUUGUCUAGAUACUGCUUUACUUUCGCCAAUGCCGACCAUUUGUGCGAGGGCCUUUCCGACAAAGAGGGGACGCGGGCUGUAAAUAUGAGCGAUUUGUACCUUUCCUUUUGUAACUCCUACUCUCUGCUGGAUUUGUUUUACGGCUCGACAAGUCCGGACAAUUUGAACUGCAGCCUCGACGUGCUCGCAGAUGGCGACACAAGCAGAUGCAGCCUGUGCGUCCAGGCGUACCAGCGCUACGACCAGCACGCCCAGGAGAAAUACGAGGACUUUGAGCUCCUGACUCAGAAAUACGAGCCAGGGGAAUAUUCAGUGAGGACGUGCAUGGAGCAGUGCAAGACAGCCUAUAAGCCCUGGUUGUGCGCUCAGUAUUUCCCCACCACCCAGCAGUCCUGUCAGAGGAAGGUACCAUGCCACCAGUACUGCCUGGAGGUCCAGCAGAGCUGUCCGUUCAUCCUGCCCGAUAACGACGACCUGAUCCACGGCGGCAGCCCCAGCUUCAUCUGCACAGGGCUCUUGGGAGAUCAUCUAUCAGACAGUGAGGCGGAGUGCUGCGACGUCCGAUGGGACUCCAAAAUGGACCACCCUUCAGGCGGGACACUAAAAAGGACUGCUUCUUCCUGCCAGCCCGAGGGGGCCUCGGUCACCUCCGCUGCCACCCCGAGACUGUGCAGCGGGCGACUGAAGAUCUGCCUGCUGGCCCUCGUCCUCCUACACACUGUCAUCAUCAUUUCAGCCUCCCAUAAUUCCACGUUGGUGGGCGUGGCUGCCAUUUUCUCGCCAGAGGAGAGCGCCUCUAACGAGGAGUGAACCUUGGGGGUCGAACCUGGUGCUCGCUGGAGAGGAUUACGGCUUUUACAAUGUCACGGCUGCCAGGGACACAUCUGGCGCGACAUGCUGGAGAUGCCUCUACAAUCUGCCGCCGAUGAACCAUCAACCACAGGAAGUGGGAGGGUUUUAACUGGAGCUAAGGGUGCUGGGAUUGGACAUCGACCGAACCGAGGUGUUUGAGAACCACCCCCCUGAAGAACUGACCUCUUGCCACUUGAAACCUGCUCAUUGUUUCUAUUCCAUCCAAAUGUUUUCUAGCAUAUUGUCCCUCCUCUCUUCCCCUCCCCUCCCCUCCCCUCCCCCGCCCUCCCUCUCUCGGCGCGUAUGGAUGGCGCGUCAGAGGAAAAACGGACUUUGAUGAAGUGUGCGCUCUCACUCAUCAUUACCUUUAGAUUUUUGCUGCAUUUCUUUCAGGUGCCAGAAUGUUUUGACAUAUCAACUGUGCUCAGCUUCCUCCUCUCCAUCACCUCAGAGGCAUCUUCUUUACUACCUUGUUUGUGAUGUUGCUCGAGGGCCUGUCAGGACCAUCCAUCCUCCAUGUGGGUCUCGUUUCUCUGAAAUUGUACGUGAUUCUUCUAUAUAUCCUAAUGUUCAGCUUGUAUUUCGUCCCACUAGACCUUUUUUCUCGACCCCCCUUAACGACGGUACCAUGCCUACACGUUUUAGGACCUUAAGUGCUCUGAGACUGGCUCGCUUUCUCUGCUAACUUGUUGGGCCAUUGAGCAAGUUAGGAGUGACCAAGUGGCGAAGGAAGUGGCGGCUCAGCUGAUGAUUACAGGAGCUGACGCUGAGCUCCGUCACAAGGCUCCUGGACGGGAGGUGGUGUUCAGUUUACCUCAGACGAGAGUGUCGGUGUUGCGGACGUGGGGAGUAUUUAGCGUACAUGAGACUGCAGGGACAACCCAGGGACGCUCGAGAACAGUUGCGUGAUGCCAAAACACCAGGGGCCUCACUUAUCAAUCGCGCGUAUGCUCGUUACUGUGCACACACAACCUCACUUAUCAGUUUCACCUGCCUUUCUUUUAUUUCGAAACAACUUUUUCAGAGCAAAAAAAGUACACUAAAGUUCCAUUAAAAAUAGAAGUUAGAGCAGCUUUAUUACAAGACUGGUUUCAAUCAAAUCUAAGAGAUGCAACUGGAUCUCAAAGCAGACUCAUCUUUGCAAAUGCAGAGCACGGGAGCGACCGCACUGUUAGCCUCCACCUACCUCCAUCACCCAGCUGGAGGAGGAUUGGUGUUAAAUGCAUAAAUUAGGCUUUGGCCACAUUUUUGGAAACGAGUGGAAAAAUUUUCCCCAAAUGGUUAAAGGUAUGAGCCACGUCAAAUAAUGUCUGACAACAGGAACAGAAAAGUACUUCAGCGAUAACAACUAAUUCAGCUGCAUUCAAAAACGACACAUGUGAUCAGAGAGUGAGGGGACGGAGUAAAUGUAGACUCGAACAAGACCGUCUCUCUCCAGAAACUUUUUGUAGACGUUGCCACACGGGGCCACUGAAAAUCUUGAGGUGGCACAUCAAAACUAAAAGUCAAACUAAGUUUCAGGAAUUCUAAGUCAAUACGGACAGUGAAAGAACUGCACACUGGUCUCUUUUUUACAGUUGAUAUAUCUAAUUAUCUGAUUUGCAAAGAUUAAUAUUUGAACAUUUUGAGUUCCCAAACAAGCCUUUUCAAGUUUAGUGGAGACUCGUGGGUUCCCAUAAAACCCAUUUUUAUUCAGAAUGUUUUAUGUUGAAGUGAGAGUUUAAGAGAGCCCUUAGAAAAUGGCCAUGCCAGUUGUUCCCUUGCUUAAUUUUGGCCUACUUUUGAAGUGUUAUUCAUCUCCUUUACCGAAGAGCUGUGUUGACAUGGUUGAAUUAAUGGAUGCUUUAGGUUGUCUGCUUUCAUAAAAUAUCACUAUCUUCACGCUAGUUUAAAAAAUGAGCGUGCCGCAGCCUCUUAAAAACAGUAAUGUCAGUCUCCUAUUUUUGCCACAAGGGGCCAGUGGUGAAACCAGCAACUGUAUCAAGGGGGCCAUGGCCCUUCCUUUGUGGUGUCCUUCUCUCUAUCACUCUCUAAUUACAAACAUAAAAAAAAUAGUAUUGCUAUAUGGAUAAAGUGCCAGGGUCAUGCGUGACUCACUCCACUAGUGAUGCCUCCUGCAGAUUUUAUUUUCUAAAACAAUGAAGUUUCUAAAUAUCAGCAGGGAAAAAUAAUCAGCUAUCGUCUCUGCGGUUGUUGAGAGUCAAAGGAAAAGCCUAAAUGCAAUGUUCUUUCAAACAAAUACAAACAUUUGGACAGUGAGGGGGUGAGACAACAUGUUAAUGACUAGUUGCAAGACAGCAAAAGAAUUUUGGAAUUAGUGGAAAUGUUGUGGAACACAAUGUAACAUGAAAUAAGACCAGCAGCACAAACACAGACUGAGUCCCCUAAUGUGUCGCCAGGUGUUUUUUUCUUUAUAGGCCGCUCCUACACACACAUUUCGACGCUUGCGUUGAUAAAUGAGGCCCUGGAUCUUUGAGUGCCUCUCUGCUGCGUACGCCCAGUGAGGCAGAUACUGGCAAUGGAGCAAUAUAGAAAAAAACAAAAAGACAGCCGGUGUUAGUGUCCUACUUUGUGGCACCUUCACACUGCUGUCGCCUCGGCUUUUUUCUGUAACGUAGAGUAGGUGCGAGUGACCAGCCAGCCAAUCAAUCAAUCAAUCAAUCAGCCCGUCGACUCUUAAAUACCCUUUGACGAGCUGAUCAAACCGCUAUCUCUCACAGACUAGCAAAGGGCUGUGUUAGUGUCAGCGUGUGAGGAGUGUGUUUUCAAGGGCUGAUCCAUCCAAUUUUUAUUUUUAUUUUAUUUAUUUUUUUUUUGCAUGGCUGCUGCCGGUUAAGUGCACAUUGACAUGAGGACAGGUCACGCAGGGAUUAGGAAUACUUUAAAUGCACUGAGAUUGGGCGGGAAAUAAAAGAGAUUACUCCGAUAUUAAAAUCUGAUACCAUGAGUAGUGAUAUACCAAAAAUUGAAAUCUCUUUAAUGAAGCAUUUUACUGUCCUCUUAUGAUUGGAGUUUCACCUCCAAAUUAUUCUUGGCUGUGAAAACAUGGUAUCAGUGCCCCCCCCCCCCCUCUUCCACCUCCUUUUCCCCCCCACUAACAGCUUGAUCUUACCUCGCCUCACAUCACGCAGCCACCAUCGGUUUGCUCGUCACACACACAUCAGAGUGGGAUGUCACAUUGAAGUCUACACUUGCCUCUGGAUUUUCAUAGACUUACGCCCCCCCCCCCCC